AUUCACUCAUCUGUGCGGCGCCUCGAGGCGGAGAUCUGCCCGCCCUCCGUCGCCUCUGCCUCUGCGAUGCCUUUUGCCUUUGCCAUGCGCCCGCUUUCGGCAGCCUUACGGCGCUGGGGAUCGCGUCUAGCGUAUACGGGUCCUGUACUGUGUAGGUCCAUGAGCCUCAGCCACGAUGGUUACCCCAGACGCGCAAAGAUCAUCUUACGAAGAGCCGAGAAAGCAGAGGAGAGUGGAGGAGACGGGCAACAGCGGGCCUCUAAAAUUGAGCAAUUGCUUAGCGGCGACUCGUCGGUCUUGGUAAACUCUUUCCCGACACGUUGUCGCUUGAUAACGCGGCGGCCUCCUCGACGAACGGGGACUUCAAACUCCCCCAAGAGUCUUGGUACAGACCCAUCAGUCGCGAACGCGAGCACGCUACAACUGCCGAAGCCUCGCCAGGAAACUGAGCCUGGUCGCGACCUCAGGAUCUGCACGAGCCACCUGCCUCCAUCACAUCAGUCACAUUGGCCGCUGCCUAUCCUUUCAUUUACAGCUUAAGAGCAGCUCACCCAAGCUUUAUCCCAAGCCUUUUCUCCUUUGCACUUCCCUAAUUUCUCUGUGUGCUGUUCCUGCAGAUGUUUCAAAGCACUCCAGUUCGCCACGGCUCUGCCCACAAUGUUCCCACCAUGCCUGUCAU